ACCCUCGUUUGGCGAUACCUUGACAGUGCGGGUGGUUGACCACAGUUCAGUCUGCUUGGAUCAGAGGACAAGUAAAUGUGUCCACCUUGCGCUCCUAAGACUCUUCAGGAACGCUGGGUCCGAAUCUGUUGGAUUCGAGUCAAGACAUCGCCUCUCCUUGUCACAAGCUGUAGAAACAUUGAUUAACUUUUGUUCCUCCAUCGCAGCUGGUUUCAGAACAAGGAUUGUUUUACAUUGACCAGUCGUUUGACAUCCCAGCUCCCGUGUCUUGAACUGAGGAUGGGUCGCUGAUCCCGGAACCCGCUGUGCGAUCUAUCAGCUCUGUGAUUGGUCCGUUCUGGUUCCAGUCACUACCUGCUGCCAUGGCGAAGAGCCCUGAGGUGAAGCUGGCCGUUUUCGGAAGAGCAGGAGUGGGUAAAUCAGCUCUAGUGGUGAGGUUUCUGACCAGACGUUUCAUCUGGGAGUAUGACCCAACGCUUGAAUCAACAUAUCGCCAUCAAGCAACCAUAGACGAUGAGGUUGUGACCAUGGAGAUCCUUGACACAGCCGGACAGGAGGACACGCAGCAGAAGGAGAGCCACAUGCGCUGGGGCGACGGCUUCGUCAUCGUAUAUGACAUCACUGACAGGGGCAGCUUCGACGAAGUGGCUCCUUUGCGGGGCCUCCUAGAGGAAGUCAAGAAACCCAAGAAUGUCCCGUUGGUUUUGGUGGGCAACAAGGCCGACCUAGACCAUGCCCGGCAGGUGGGCACAGAGGAGGGCGAGCGGCUGGCCGCCGAGAUGGCGUGCGCCUUCUACGAGUGCUCGGCGUGCGCCGACGAAGGCGGCAUGGUGGCGGAAGCAUUCCAUGAGCUGUGUCGCGAGUUGAGGCGCCGCAAGGCGGUCCAGGGCAAGGCCAGGCGUCGUAGCUCCACCACCCACGUCAAGCAGGCCAUCAACAAGAUGCUGACCAAGAUCAGCAGCUAGGGGGAGCCCGUGAGCACACUUCACAAAGAGGAUAAACUCAAGACGAACUAAAGAACAAAGUGACUGAUUUCAAGGGUUUAGAUGUGUGGAAAUAUAUCCUACAGCCAUCCAAGCUGCUAAGGAGCAGGAAUAUUAAAUUAUGAAUGAACAGCGAACCUCUUCAUACUUAGUAUCAAUGCACAAUCAAUGAAGAUUUGCAUUGAUACGGAUUGUGUCGAAAAUCGCUCUUCAUUCAAUACUGAUUCUAAAGGGGAAUACUGUUGGCUAUUAUUACUUGUUCUUUGACCAUGCUCCACAAUUAAGGUCAGAAGCACAAAGGGGAACAUAAUAAUCACAUGAUGGGAACUACUUUGUCCCUGAGGGAGGUGAAGAUGCUUUUGUUUCAUAGCCAACUAGGACAUUUCUGUAUGCUGCCAAGGAAGAAGGUAGAGUCCAUUAUUCAGAAGUCCCAAUUCUCUGAAAUUCACCCUUCCUUCUUAGCGGCGGUGAAUACCCCAGUUUUAUGUCCAAUAGCUCCACCAACUUUAAACAAAAUAUACAAAAUAAUGUCCGUCAUGAACCCACCCUUUGUUUAUCAGAAAUGAUGAACAAACGAGUUGUAGUUUCCUCUCCCUGUAGCUUGUUUGUGGGAUAAUGUUUUGAUAUGCUCUAGGCCAGUGUUUCCCAACCUUGGUCCUCCAGUACCCCCAACAGUACACAUGUUUAUUGUAGACCUAGACAACCACAUCUGAUUCAACUUGUCAACUAAUCAUCAAGCUCUCAAUAAGUUGACUAAGGUGCUUUAGUCCAAGGCUACAAGGAAAAUGUGUACUGUACUGUACACGAAGACCAGUGUUGGGGAAAAUGUACCUUUAAAUUGUAAACUAUGUAUAAUAUUGCCUUUAUCAUUGGUCUCAAAGGAGUGUACAGUACAUAACCCAGAGGCAUACAAAAUGGUGGACAUGUCUCCUGUAUUUUAACCAAAUGCUGUUUCUUUCUUCUCCAAUGUACCCGACCUGUCUCUGAGUUUUGAGAAUGGGGAUAAAAUGGACAAAUUUGCUGUGCAAUUUUAAUAAACAUUAGAUACAUGCAUAUCCAAAACGAGUUUGAAAAUGUAUCUUUUCUGAUUCAUCUUCAACAGUAUUGUUGUCAUGCAAUAACAAAUGUCAUUGUUUGUUAUUUUGACAGUAUAACAAAGAGCAGGUAUUUUAGAGCAGGUACGCCAAAUAAAAAUGUGAUUCACAUGUACAUUUUUUAAAAAAAAAAUAGUUUUUUUCCUUCACA